AUGAACUUUUCAACAAAGACUAAACCAUACAUCGAUAAUCGAUAUCAAAGAACGAAAAACAAUCAUUCUGAACAAUACUCCGUGAUAGAUCGUGGUGAUAUGCUCCGAAAAGUUGAGAUGGUCUGUCGAGCACUGAUUAGACAGCCAGGAGUUUAUUCUUGUGUUACUAUGAACUUAGCCGGAUUCCAGUAUACAAAUAAUGGAGAUGCGGCUCGCUGCCACACUUGUAAUCUUGAAGUAUCAGGAUGGACAUUGGACAUGGAACCAUUUGCUAUUCAUGUAAAUCGAAGUCCCACUUGCCCAUUCGUUCUAUCACCAUUACUUUCUCAGAAUACAAAUAAAACUACGGCAGCAUUAAACAAUGGAAACCAAACACUUCAAAAGCCAGAAGUUGACACAAAUACUCUCCACAAACAUUUCAACAUACUUGUUGAAGUAGAUAACAUUAAACAAGUACGAAAACGUACAUUUUCACAUUGGCCACAUCGAUCAUCACCUUCCAGCUCACAAAUGAUUGAAGCUGGAUUUUUUAGUUGUAAUGUUGGUGAUCGUGUCAUAUGCAUUUAUUGUAAUAUUAUCUGUCAACAAUGGAUUCCAAAUAGUGACAAUCCAUGUGAAAUACAUAGAACACUCUCACCCAAAUGUCCUUAUGUUAUAUCCAUGUUGAUUCGUCCUCAAACAUCAACGAUUUUGGUUAUUAAUGAACAUUGUAGCACUGACCAAUCAUCAACCUCAACCAACAUCGAUCCAUUUCGAUGUAAUGCACUUGUUUAUACUGCAGCUUGUAAUCCAUCUUAUAUUGAAAUACCAAAACGAUAUGCAUCUUUUGCUACUUGGCCUAAUGAAAACUUAUCAUCUGUUAAUGAUCUAGUUAAAGCUGGCUUCUUUCAUACUGGUACUAAAACUAUUGUGACUUGUUUUUAUUGCAAUGGUUCUUUACAAAACUGGGGUCCAAAUGAUAAUCCAAUGAUAGAACAUGCUCGUUGGUUUCCACAUUGUGCAUAUGCAAAACAAUUGUGUGGUGCUGAACUGUAUCGAAAGAUUCAAGAAUCAACGCAAACUCAACAAGCAACACCUAGUUCUAAGAAUUGGAUCAAUCAGUUAAUAAUCAAUAAUAGUAGCACAGUCGAUGAUCGAUGGUCAAUAUCAGAUGAGGAUACGUUAUGGCAACUUGUAGCUGCUCGACUUGAUUUGCCUAUUUCACAGAGUCUCCUUAGUCGUAACUUCAACCUAUCGAUCAUUAAGAGAUGUUGGGAAGAUCAACUUCGAUUAAAACAUGAAGAUUUUGUGAGUGAUUCUGAUCUGUUAAUGGCUUGUACAAUUCUUCAGAAACAAAUUGAAUAUAUUGAUGAUCAUUGGAACACAUUUCGUAUUGUCUUAUCACAUACACUUGAUGAAUGUUUUUAUCUUGAAACAAAAUUAGACGAUACAAUUCAUGUCAUCUAUCAAGUACUUAGAGGUGGUGAUUCCCUUAUACGAGUCACAGUAACUAAUUCAUUGGGUCGUCUAGCAUAUACUCAAGCUAAUACUGCCUUUGGUUGGUAUGAUGAAGAGAAUUCGAAAGUUGCAGGAACUUAUCGAAUAUGUUUCAAGAACGACCAAUAUUUUACAAAAAAAGUUAUUUAUAUAGGUGUACUUGCAAUUCAUAAAGAUCGUAUUCUGGAAGCAAGUAUAAAUACAGCGAAUGAGAAGAAAGCUAAUGAAACUGCGAUUAUAGAAGAAUUUUCUACGAAUACUAUGCAAUCAGUUCUUACGAUUUCAAAAGGACUUUAUCGUCUUACUGCUUAUCAAACAAUAGGACGAGUUCAACAUGCACAUGAUUUAUAUGCGGUUGAAGCUAAUGCAAGUUAUGUACAAAAGUGGGCUUUAUGCCAAAUCAUAGCAAUGAUUGUAUGUUCAAUAAUUCAAGUUUUUAGUAUUCGACGAUUAUUUAAAUCAACAAUAUCCAGUAAAACAUCAUUGAGUAGAAAAUCUAAUGAAAAUUUCAAUCCACGAACAUCACCAUAUUUUAUUCUAGCUAAUUAA